CCCCAGGUGACUGAGAUGCCAUCCCGCAGGAAGCCCUGGCAUGGCAUGGCAAAGAGGCUCCUUCUGGGAUGCCUCUUUACUGGCUUUCUAUUGCUGCUCUAUUCUCACGUUAUUGUCACUUCUCAAGCUGCCAUGGCCAAGGCCCCAGAGCCACCCCAUUGUUCUUCUCCACCCACCUUACCUGCCAACAUCCCCAAAGGCUCCUGCUGGCCAAAAUUAGACAUCGUGUUCCUGAAAACCCACAAGACAGCCAGCAGUACACUUCUGAAUAUCCUCCUCCGCUUUGGCCAGAAGCACAACCUCAAGUUCGCCUUCCCCAGUGGACUGAAUGACUUUAAUUACCCAUCCUUCUUCAAGCGCAGCCUGGUGCACAACUACCAGCCUGGUGACUGCUUCAACAUCGUUUGCAACCACAUGCGUUUCUCCUACUCUGAAGUGCAUAGCCUGGUGCCCCCCAAUACUACCUUUAUCACGGUGCUACGGGAUCCAGCCCAUCUCUUUGAGUCAUCCUUCCACUACUUUGGCAUGGUGGUGCCCUUCACAUGGAAGCUCACAGGCCACAACAAGGUGGCCAAAUUCCUGCAGGACCCUAACCACUACUACAACCCCAAAAGCUUCAAUGCCCACUACCUCCACAACUUGCUUUUCUUCGACCUGGGCUAUGACAGUGGGCUGGACCCCCGCAGCCCCCAGGUGGAGGAGCACAUCCUGGAGGUGGAGCAGAGGUUCCACCUGGUCAUGCUGCAGGAGUACUUUGAUGAGUCCUUGGUGCUGCUCAAGGAUCUCAUGUGCUGGGAGCUCGAGGACAUCCUCUACUUCAAGCUCAAUGCCCGUCGGGCCUCCGCUGUCCCCCAGCUCACCGGAGAGCUCUACCGGCGGGCCACCGACUGGAACCAGCUGGAUGCACUCCUCUACCGCCACUUCAAUGCCAGCUUCUGGCGCAAGGUGGAGGCCUUUGGGAGGGAGCGCAUGGCCCGAGAGGUGGCCUCCCUGAGGCGGGAGAAUGAGCGAAUGCUCAGCAUCUGCAUCGAUGGUGGACAUGCAGUGGAUGCCAAGGACAUUGAGAAACCAUCAUUGAAGCCCUGGCAGGCAAUGGGGGCAAAGACAAUCCUUGGUUACAACCUGAAGAAGCACAUCAGUCAUCAGUAUAGCCAGUUGUGCCGGAAAAUGGUGACUCCUGAUAUCCAGUACAUGAGUGAACUUGGGGUCAACCUGUGGGUCACUAAAUUAUGGUGGUACAUCAGGGAAUUGCUACAGAUUUGAUAGAUACUUGACCCUGGCCAGUUCUCUCUGUUAUUCCUGGCUCAAAAGGCAUGCACGAGGGGUAUCUCUUACUCAGGGCAGACUGGAUGAACCUUUGGGCUCAACACUGAGGGCAAGCAACAAGGUGAUAAAGUCUGACCUCUGCCUUCCAAGCCAGGCUGAUAUUUUUCUAUCCUUACCCUAACUUUGGGCAAGACAUCCUAGAAAAUGGGCCAAGAUCUGAGAAUUACGUCCCAGAGUCCACUGGGUGAGCUUACAAAUGAUCAAGCCAAAUUAGACUGGAAAUGAGGUGCCUUCAGUGAAGAGCAGCAUUAGAAUAAUUACAUAUGGUUUAAAUUUUUUAAAGGGACAGUCUGCUUUUAUGGAGCAGCCUCUGGAAUAAAAUAAUUUGCUCUUUCUGUUUU